CAGCGGAGCGGAAGUGACGCAAUCGGGUGUGAGGCGGCUGGAGUGUAACCGUUGCUGUGUCUCCUUUCUGGUCGGCGCGGCCUAGCCCGGCUUCUCGCCUGCCUCUCCGUCCCCUUACGCCUUCCUCCUCCUCCUCCUCCUCUUCCGUCCCCGCUUCCCUGCCCUGCCCUGCCCGCCCGCCCGCCCGCCUGCCAUGUCUGUGCCCGGAGGAGCCGGCGGCGAGUUCGGCAACCCGCUGCGCAAGUUCAAGUUGGUCUUCCUCGGCGAACAGAGCGUUGGAAAGACCUCCCUGAUCACCAGAUUUAUGUAUGACAGUUUCGACAACACUUACCAGGCAACUAUUGGAAUUGAUUUCCUCUCAAAGACUAUGUACUUGGAAGACCGCACGAUCAGGCUGCAGCUGUGGGACACAGCCGGCCAGGAGAGAUUCCGUAGCCUCAUCCCCAGCUACAUCCGGGACUCUGCCGCAGCUGUCAUUGUCUUUGACCUUACAAAUCUGAAUUCCUUCCAACAAACCUCCAAAUGGAUUGACGAUGUGCGAACAGAAAGAGGAAGUGAUGUCAUCAUCAUGCUGGUGGGGAAUAAAACAGAUCUUGCGGACAAGAGGCAAAUUACUACAGAAGAAGGCGAGCAGAGAGCCAAAGAACUGAGUGUGAUGUUCAUUGAGACUAGUGCAAAGACUGGCUAUAAUGUGAAACAGCUUUUCCGCCGUGUGGCUGCCGCCUUACCUGGGAUGGACAGCACACCUGAGAAAAGCAAAGAUGACAUGAUUGACAUCAAACUAGAAAAACCUCCUGAGCAGCCCGUAACGGAGAGCGGCUGCUCCUGCUAAAGGAUCCGUCGCGUGGCAACCCCUUCCCAGUUGGCCAGUCCAGUCUCGCUGAAGAGCAUCACUUUUCAUUGACUAGAGAAACUUAAUUUCCCGAGGGCUGAGAAACCCAGUCUAAUACGCAAUUGAGCCUCCCCACCCCCCCUCUACCGUGGACCAGCCCUGGCUGCUCCCUCCUACUGCAUGGUGUGAACCCUCAAAUAUGUCCUGUCCCUUGUUGGUUGUUGCACUUUGGUGCCGUGGCACCCUUUCACUAGGUUUCUUAUCUCGGGUGUGUGCACCUAGCUGUGUGGUCCUAUGAAUGCCAAGGGGAGGAUCUUUUCUCAAUGUAGGAAAACACUGACAAACCUAAAGCAAAGGAGCUUAGCGGAUCUGGGACAUCCCCUAUUCCUUUACCCCGGCUUUUUCUUCACCCCUCUUCCAGAGGCUGCUCCUUCCGUGUGGUUUGGCCACGCCUGCCCUUGCAGCGGGAGGCGAUGGGUGUCCUCCAGUCCCGACUCCUUGCAGGGAGGCCUUAGCCACCUCCCGGCUUCCCUAUUUGGGCUUUCUUCCUCCUUCCUUGAGAGUCGAGGGAAAGGAAGGAGGCAGCUCAGACGCUGUGAUUGACACUAGAUAUCCCAGGUUGCCCUUUUUCGCGACGGAGUGGCUAGCUGUCUUUAGUUGCAGGUUGCUUACCCUUUUUUCCCCGAAGGACGUUGGUGCUCAGUUUACAAUUGAAUACGGACAGGGAGGAUAAGGUAAAGCUGGACUGUGAAUGAGGUGCGAAGCCUUAUGCGGGGAGCCUGGUUCCUGCGUAGUGUUCGAACUGGGAUUUGGGUAUUUUCCAGUACUUCCUUGCACCUCCAGUCCAUCCUCACCCGAAAAAGAUCUCUGUCGGUGAGCUAAAAACUCCACAGUUGGGUUAAAACAGGAACUUGGGUUCUAGACGUAGACCAAUACCAGGAGCUGCUAUGUUUGUAUUAUUUUUCACUUCUGUAUCCUUUUAAAUAUGCAAAGUGCUUUACAGCUACCUUCACGCUUCAUAGCCCCGUUCCCGUUUUUAUAGUUGGCUGUGGACAGCGCCUUGAGACCAUGGCUAUCUAUAGGAAGGGCCCUCAUCUGAAUUCUGUGCUUUUCUUCCACUUGCCUAAUAGCCUGGUCUUCAGAGUCUAAAGUGAGUGAUACAGCACCUCCCCUUCAGCUGGUCCCGCCACUGUAUAUGAAGCGAGAUGUAGGACUCUUUUGUUUUGAUCUAACUAUUUUUUCAGAGCUUGCUGUUGACCAAUUCUCAAAUUCUAUAUAGGUAUAUAAAUAUAUAUAUAUAUUGGGGGGUAGUUCAGUUUUACUUAAUACCCAAUGGAAGAGACUUUAAUCCUUGUCUGAUGUCUGUCUGUUCUAUGUAAGAUUGGCUUGUGUAUCUAAAGACAACGAAAACUUGCAUAGAUCUAUUGAACUUCUUGUUUAGCCCUUCUUACGUCCUCUGCUGUUGGAUGCAAGUCGUGCUAACUUGCAAACUGAUCUGGGGGACGGGUAAAAGACAGCAUGAAUUGGGUACUUGUUGGAUGAAUCGCCCGUUUUGUUUUGAGGUUGUUUUGUCUGUCUUAAAAAGCCAAAAAAAAAAAAAUGUAAUCCCUAGACGCGCACCUACUCCUGUUCUUCUGAUCCUGACUCGGGGACCCUUCCUGUCCUGCUUGCGUAUGCAUGGGAUGUGGCCCUUUGCUGGAGGUGCCUCUGAGCGUCGUUUGUGGCUUUAUCCCUGCAAAGGAGUUGGGCACUAUAAAGAGCAAGAACAGGGUCUAGUUCAUACCUGUUUUCUUGGGCACAGGUUUGGGGUGAAGAGUAGUUCUCGUUAGCAAUCGAACUACAGGAAAUAGUAUUUUGGGACUUCUUUCCUCCCCCAUCUGUUCUGCUAUACUUGGGCUGAGCCUGGCUUUGGAGCAAGAUAUGCCAUUCAACUGGGCCAAGGGAGUGUUUAGAAAAGAGCCGAAGAGGGUGGACCAAGGAGAGGUCUUCCCAUCAGCACAGCGUAGGAAAACUUUUCUCCUUCCACGCUGGAGGGCUUGCUUGGAGUCACUGUUGGCUUCCUGAACCGAGAGAGGAGGUCACCUUUGGCAUGUUAACAAGAACCACGUGAUUCUCUUCAAAAGAUGCUGUCCUGCCGAGAACUUGUUUCCUUAUGAAGUCCCCUUCUUCCUAGCUUAAUAGCUGACUUGAUUUCUGCCCCUUAACAGCUGACCAGCUGGGAGAAAUUCAGCAGGUGCAGCUUUAGCCCUUCAGAGAAAUUGCAAAAUGGAAAAGGCUUGUCAAAUCUUGCUAAUUUCUAUUACUGUAAUAAACAAAGAAGUAUUUAUAAAUGUAUGCGUCUCCUAAUAGGCCCCUUCGAGGCAACGUACAAUUUGAAAACUUCAAACACAUUUUGAAAACGUUUCAAACAUCCCUGGCAACAGAAUUAAGGUCAAGAGAGAAUCUUCAAUACAGAUUCUGCUGAGUACAACAUCAGUUACUCCAAACAAGAAAGGAUACCUUUUAAAAAUGCCCCCAUUAAGAAUCUGUCAUGCUUGGAUUUUGUGUGCAUCCUGUAAUUUCCACAGAACGUAGUUCUUGCUCAAGUGGGGACUCCCAACUUAAUCAUACAUAACUAAGGAAAAGCCAGGUUUUCCACCCAGGUGUAAUCUUGUUCAUCCAUGGUUAACAUGGAGCAUGGUUCCAGCUUGUGCUAAGCUGUGUGGUUAAGGGGAGAGCUGUUAGCCCUUUCUGGGCAUUUCAGUCUGGUUCUUCUGCUCGAACAUCUGCAAAUCCCUUGCAUCUGGUGGGGUGCCUGCUUGCAUGUACAAUGUAAUGUCUGCAUCAGGCGUACCUGUGGAUUGCUCAGUUCCCGCAAGCCCUCCUCUCCUAACUUGGAAGGAUUAUGGGUAUUGGGCCUGUGUAUGCAUAAUGAUGGCUACGCACAACCGCUUGUCCCGUCUUGCAUAUGGCAUUUAGAGAUCGGUGGUGAAGCCGAAGACUCACAUGGCUUAAAACUCCCAACACUUUACUAGAGCAUUAAGUAAACUCUUCUUUUGUUUUAAAAGCAUGGGGACAGGUAAGUCAUACACUAGUAAAGGCAGCGUUCAGCAGUGUGCAGGCCCCAUUACCUGUAAGGGUUUUUAAAACAAUCCUCAUCCCAGCCCACUCCUGCCUACUGAAAGCCAGCCUUCUGAAAGGGUCUGCCCCUUCUGCAAAGCUUAGGAUUUCUCUGGUAAUCUCCCACCCCCCUUCUCUGAGCACAGGCACCCCCUAUGUAACAUACCUAUGUUUUUCCUUCCUUUUCUUCCUCGGUAACCUCUCCAGCAGAAUUGGCAAGCUUACAAGCUUGGCCCCCCUCAGUUCUGAAAGUGAAAUGCCACGGCAAAGGCCUGUGUACUCAUCCUGUGUAUAUAUCCUCACUGUUGUGUGGGAAUUGCUGGUGUCCUGUUGGUGUGUCUGUUUCUCUCUCUCUCUCUUUGCAGUUGAACUGGUGCCGCUCUCCCUUCUCACUGGCAGCCCAGUCCUGCCACCGCUGUUGUGGUGUUCUCUUAAGGCACACUGGAAACUUGUCUUUCCAGAGAAUAGGGAUUUUAAAAAAAAUGCAUACAUGUUUGUGGGGGAGGGAUGGGGGGCUGUUGGGCAGGCAGGGAUGGGGUGGGGGGGAAAUGUAGUGAACACCCUAGUUCACUUUCCACUGCCUUCUAUGGAUGUGUAUAAUAUUUUGAGUGUGUGUCUUUGGCUCUGCUGUCUCCUAGCUGUUAGCCAAGUAAGUGACUCUUAAUAUAUGAAUAUUGACUGUCAGACUACAGCUGUGUAUCACACUAAAUAAAGUUAAUUUCACCACA